AUGUCACAGGCUGCUGCGUCAAAUGAGAUUGUCAAUCAAAUGAUCCGCAAGGAAAAGAAAUACAAGGAAGGCAUUCAAAAAAAUCACGCCUAUGCUUGCACCAUGGCCCAAACCUUGUCCAAGGGAGGUCGUUUGGAAGACUUGCUGGGAGACAGGGUCGAUGACUAUCGUCAAGCACUUCGACAACUGGCAGAAACCAAUGUCAAGCACGAACGUGAAGUGAAUGCUUUUGUUGCCACACUGAAAAAGACGGUGAACCAGCCAGAAAUCACCGAGUAUUCGACCUUUAUCCAGGAAAACAAGGAGCAGGAACUGCAGAAGAUCAAUCAAUCUUCCGUCGAAAUCAAGCAAGAACGCAUGUACUUGGACAUGUGUACAGAACUUGGAGAUGUAUCUGCACAAAACCAAGAUGAUGAACUCGAAGUGGUGGGAGGCAAUGCCACCGUGUCAUUGAAAUGCCCCAUUACUGGAACUCUGCUUCAAGAUCCCAUGCGCAACAAGGUCUGCCACCAUGUCUAUUCGAAGCAUGUUAUUUUGAACUAUAUUCGCAAUCGGAACAAUAAGUGUCCCAAUGUGGGAUGCGUAAAUACUAAUUUGUCCAUUGGACAAUUGGAAGAUGAUCACCAAACCGCUCGUCUCGUCAAACGUGAAAUGAUUCGGUUGGAAGAAGAAAAGAGACAACAAACGCAAAACGCUAUCGACUUUGAAGACGACGAAGACUAG